AUGGUCAUGGCGCAAGAGGCCUGGGAUGCUGUCGAGUCAUCCACCAUUCAGCAUUGCUGGAAUCACGCAGGAAUCCAAGCCAACUCUCCGGCACCUUCGUCUCACCCUCCCCAUGCAGACCCGGGUGCAUGGAGCAUCAUCUGCCAGUUUGCAGAUACUGAUGACAUGACCUUGCCUCAGGCCGAAGCUUGCCUGAAAGAACACCUUGGCAAUAAUUAUGUUGAGGGGGACUGGGUGGAUGCCCUCAAAGCUGUUAUGGACGCAGAGGGUGACAACAUCAAAGCGGCCGAGACUGUUGAGAAACUUGCAUCAGUUGCAUGUCGACAAACUGGGCUCACUAUCAAAAUUCCACCUCUCACCAAGUCACCUCAGCUCCAAACUCUUGAACAUGGAUUGAUGAAGUCCAUAGAGGAGCUUACAACACGAAGAUGGAUCAUUGGCACGCCACUGUCUGUUGACGAGAUUCUCAACCCUCAAGAAGAGAAGAACAUUGGGGAAGUAACUGUUUAUGAAGAUGAUAAUGCAAUUGUUGCAGAAAUUUGGCGCCGGCAAGGAAUUAGGAGCGGGGAGCUGGUUGAAGUAGAAUCAGAUGAUGAAGACGAGGAUGAUCAACCCAAGGUCUGUGUUGCUGAAUUGAUUCCACUGUGUGAAAAGCUCGAAGUUGCGUGUAUUGCGCGAGCUGGCGCUGAUUCUUCACUUGAUCUUAUUCACAAAUUUCGUGCAUUCCGAGCAACACUACGGCACGAGGAAUUGCAGAAUGCAAAGCAGGCUACAUUGGAUCAAUUAUGGAAUUCUAAGUAA